UCCAUUCACCACAUAACAUGAAACUAUUGUUCACUAUUCGUUGCAUUUUAUAAUUCACAACCUUUAGUAAAAGAUCUAUUAAUAUAUCUUUGCUUAACAAAAAAUGUGAAAACUAUGAAACGGACGGAAACCGGACUAUUGUGUAAUGUUCAUUUCACUUUCCGCUCAAAUAAGCUCUUCUGAAUGGAGAUAUCGAAGGAAAGUGCUACGCGUGUUUGCUGUCAGUUUGUUUUGUCAAGUUUUCAGCAAUCUGUUAUUCUCGAGGAUCAUCGGGAAAUAAGGAAGAGCUCCCUUGGGCUCCUUUUGUGGAAAUCUUGAAGUUGGAGAACAAAGAUGGAUCAGAGUCAGGUUGUGAAAACACUGUUAUGUCACUCUGGAUUGAACAUAUUUAAAACACUGUCAGGACUUGUAUCUGACUUGGAAACAUCACUGCAAACAGAAUUGACAUACCACUGUAUUGGUAACUUAUGUGAGAAAUUUCAAACUGUGAAGGAGCUACUAGGAGUCUGUAAUUGUGACGAGUUUGCAGGGAGUACAACUGAGCAGUUGUCAGAAGUUAUUUCAAACAUUGUAUCUAAGGUGUGUCUUCCAGUCACGGCACUGAUACAUAUCUCACUGGAUGCAAGGCCUGAUUUUCUGGUAUUGUUGGGACAUGUUGGGCACAUCUUAGCAGAGUGUUCUAGACUGGAUCCCAGCACAUUGACCGUUCUUCUCACAAAGAUUUCUGCACACAUUGACACAUACCUGAAAGAAAGGCCUACAUGCUUUGAUCUGGAAAAAGAUAGCUCCCUUGUGGAUAUUCACACACUACUUGAAGUGUUAAGAACAGUUUUAUCUAUGGUUCAUGUUUCUGUUUGUGAAAAAGACAAGCAAGUGUCUGAGCUGACAAAAACAAUAUUUUUUCAAAUUGCAAAGGCAUUAGAUUUCCUGAGUGUUGAUUUGAUAGGUAGUGUGGCUAUCUCAGUGCUUAUAAGGUGCUUAAAAGUGAGUAUUGAAGCUGUAGAGGCUUUCCUGGUGGUCAUUUGGGGUCAGGUUGUGUAUUUCUCAAGCCAUGAUGAUGAUCGCAAGCAGUAUCUCAUUCUGUGUGGAUUUGCCAAUCAUUUCUUUCCCACGAGUGGGAACUGUUCUGGAUAUGAUAUCAGAAGAAAGGUUCUCUUUUGGAAUAUUCUACAGAAUGGCCUUCAAAGUAAAGACUCUGUGAACAGAAAGAGGGCCUUGUAUUUACUCAAGAGGAUUGUGGACAUCUGCGAAAGCAUUGGUGCCAAUGUAGAAACAGAUCCUGAAAGUUUAGAGCUUGGCAGCAAUGAGAAACAUAUUGAACGCCAUGGAGUUGUGUCUGAUAAAGGCAUAGCUGGAUUGGAGGACCAGUUUAAAGUAUUUAAUACAUUAGACAAGAAAAGUGAAGAUUCCAUUGAUGAUGUAGAGAAGGGGGUCACUAGUGCGGCUCAUUUCCCAGUGUUCUGGUGGCACCCCAGCAAGGGUGUGGCGCUUGCCAAGGUCUGGGAGGACUUCAUGCUAAUUGCUGAGGUCUUGGAGGAGAAACAGGUACAUGUCAUCCGACCACUUCUGCCUAGAGUGAAGAACCUGGUAAAGGCGUGUGAACUGCCAGACAAUGGUGGUCAUCCAUUGUUGCACACCUCCUGGUUGAAAUCAGUGCUGUAUAGAAGCUCGAGACACGAGAGUCUGCAGAUAAUGCGUUGGGCCUCUGACACAGUGCUCUCCCUUGACCUGAAACAAUGUCCUGUGCUGGAGCAAGGCCUGGAUGAGUACCUGACAGGAGAAAUGCUGUUUUCAUUGAGGGAAGCCAAGUUGUAUGUUAGGGAGCCAGGAAGUCCUGUAGGCUGCAUGCCACCAAUUGCUGACAAACUGGUGCAGUUCUUCAAGGGCUGCUGGGCCUCGCUUUCACCAGAACACAGAGGUGCCUAUUUCUGCAGGACCAUUCAGAAUGUCUGUGAAGGGGAGUGGGGUCCCAUCCCCCUGGUGUUCAUCUGUCGAGGGCUCGCCAGUCUCCCAGCAGCACCUUGCCUUGAUAAAACAACUGUCCUUGCCACCAGGAAGCUUCUCACAGGAUAUCUGGUUGCUGUGGAAACCUAUUUCAGAGGAAUCAUUCAAGUCUAUACAGUCCGAAUCCUGCUGAAGCUGAUUGAUAAAAACAAGGUGCCUUUAGAAGACUUUCUUCAGAUUCUAACACUGGUGAAGCGAGAUGAAUGCUUCCUCAAGGGCACAAAGAUUUGGCAGGAGACUGUGGACUUCUUGGCAGGGGAGGAAAUCUCUGACCCCAACUCCAAGGGUGUGGCCUAUGAAGCAAUGGGUACAGACAUUGGCCCCGCCUCCAGCUGGACUGGUCCAGGAGUAAAGGCAAUCUUGGAACAGGGGCUGACCAAAUAUCUGGACACUGAACUAGAUUCCAGAUAUAGCUCUGCUGACCACAUACCUGCACUAACGGUUGCUAGGUUACUCAUGCUCACUGCCAACGAAUCUAUGGCAACCAAACUCAGAGAUGAAUGCCCCUGUGCCACCCUGAGGCAGGCCUGCCAGAAGAUUGCAGGGAUUGUAAACGCCAUCAACAACCAUGUGUACAUGUCUCAACACAAGGCGGACAAGGCCAUCUUGUUACUUCACUUGCUUAGACUGGAAAUGGGUCUUAUUGGAAUGGACAAGAUGGAUCCGGCAUCCUUGGUGAUUCAGGACACUGUCACAACUUGUCGAGAUGAACUGCUGGUGUAUAUCAGCAGACGAACUUUGGAGGACUUGAAAGAGAUGGAUGACGUCCCUUUGUUGGACCUCUAUAUGGACAGUAUUGAUAUGGUAGCAAGGGCAGCUACUCUGUCGCCAGUGAAGUUUACAAACCUUGUAAACACAUGCACAACUUGCCUGUCAAGAUUGGCAGUGGAACAGAGUUUAACAUUGCACAGAAAGUUGCAACAAUUAAGCUGUAUGAGCAUUAUGGGUGCUGUUGCCAAUUUCCUGUCAUGUGACACAGCAAAUCAGAGGUACUUGUCAGUGAUUGGUCAGUUUAAGGAGUUCCUUCAAAAGUGGACAAUAAUGACAAGUUUUUCAAAACCUACAGCAGAAAAAAGCCUUAGCCAGCAAGAAUGGGGCAAGCUGGCCUCCCAGUUUCUUCAGAACCAGUGGCAGGUUGUCAUGGUAACCAUAGUUAAAGGUGGAGCCCCUUGGUGUGCUCUGACUGAGUUACUGCCCCUUGCCAUUGAAACACUGUCCGUGGGUGUAGAAGAGACAGCCAUUGUUGUGCUAAAGUGUUUGAUACAGAUAAUACCCAAGGUUGUAUCAGAAGGGAGCUGUCCAGAUGCAAGUUUAUGUCAGAUUCUCGAAAGCUCCUGGGCGUGUGUGCAGGAAGCUCGCAGAAUCCCCUCGUUUUGGAAUGUUUUAGAAGCAUUUGUGCAGGUCGCUUACCUCCCUUGUCUGCUCUCUUUUCCCAAAGAUUCUCUGGUCAUUCAAAAUCUGCGGAAUUAUGCAGAUAAGCUGAUAGAGCAGGGUGUAGACAAGAAUGGUGUGGUGAACGUCCUGGCCAACCAGAUCUACAGGGCACUGUUUCCACCAGACAUGAUACGGCAUGCUGGGAAGUUUGUAGGGCUCAUCAUAGAUCUUUGCAUGUUUGGGGGUUUGGUCCGGAGAGGUGUCAGACAAGUGUAUGAGAUCUGUGCUGCAUUGAAAGAAGCAGGAGAGGAUUGUCCAGAAAACACGCUUCUUCUACCCAUUAUCAAUGAGGAUAUUCAAGUGAAGAUCAAGGUCACUUCACUGCUCUGCCACCUGGACCCUGCGGACAGUACCCAUUGUUGCCUAGCAACUGAGGUUGUCCAAUUGUGCUGCGCCCAGUACGUUAAGGUUGCAGAUGGGUCGACCAAUCGGUUUGCUAACAGCCUUGUACACCGACAGAGACAUAGGCUUAUCCAGACUGUGCUUCUGCUGCAAGAGCUUGUUACCAUGGAGAGUGUAGAGCCUCUGUGGGAGUUUUCCUGGUCGAGCCUGGAGGUUGAGACGCAGCCCUCGAUCAGACACAUGCUGGAGUGGCUCAUUGUGUGGGCCAUGUACAGACACAAGCACCUCCGACACAAGAUAUGGGCCCUCUUUGAGAAGUUCCAUGAUACCAAGAACCUCACCAUGUGCUCCUUGCUUGGAAUUGUGAUCCACCUGGGUCCCCACCUGCCUGCUGACGAACAGGAGGAGUAUUACAGCAGGUCCAUGCAGCACAUCCUGCCCUGGUGCAUGGCGCACCACUUCCAGACCCGCAUCUACAGCCAGGCGGUGCUGGUCAAGCUGUGGGAACAGAGUGCCCAGCUGGGGCUGCACCAGAUUCACACACGCAACCCCAUACUGCAGACCAUGGUGGACUUUAACCAGUCAAACUGUAACUCAACCAAGAAUGUUAAGAGGCUUCUGGACAGUUUCUUCUUCAAGUUUCUUGACUUCAAAAAAGACUUCAUGCUAGAGACACUGUACUAUAUCAUGCCAAAGAUGACUGCAUUGACAGAAGAGGACUGGAUUCAUCCAAAGUUGUUUACCCUUGAAAAUCCCCACUGGACUGAAGGUGGACCUCCAAAAUUCAUUGGCGUCGAGAAUGAAAGAAACAAGUUUAAGGAGUGUGACCCUGCCCAGUGGAGAUACCUUACUAUGAGGAACUUUGAAGACGUGGAAGACAUAGAUGGCGGUGGUGGUGGUGACGUGCAGAAAAAGAUAAUGCCAUGGCAACAGAUGGCGCUGGAGGAGGACGUGGUUGCCGAGGUGGAGCAUGGUGUCAAGCCACCGGUCGGCGCCGGUCUCGUCGUGGUCACAUCUCUAAUCAAUAAAGUUCCAAACCUGGGUGGCCUGUGUCGUACCAGUGAGAUCUUCGGAGUGUCGGAGUACGUGCUGGGCAAGCUUCAGUACGCAGAAGACAAGGCUUUCCAGGGACUCAGUGUCACUGCUCACAAAUGGAUACCCAUCACAGAGGUUCAUGAGGACAAGCUAUCGGACUAUCUGCAGCAUAAGAGACUGGAAGGGUACACCCUGGUGGGCGUUGAGCAGACGGCACACAGUGUGUGUCUGACAGAGUACACCUUCCCCACUAAGACCCUUCUACUUCUGGGGAAUGAGAAGGAAGGUAUCCCAGUAGAGCUGAUAUCUCUGCUGGAUGUCUGUGUGGAGAUUCCCCAGCAAGGGGUGGUGAGGUCCCUCAAUGUGCAUGUGUCUGGGGCCAUACUGAUCUGGGAGUACAGACGGCAGCAGCUCAUGAAGAACGCCGCUGCAUCUUGAUGGUGUAAUACUACUUAAUUAUCAUGUAGAAAGUAGUCCCGAACUAGAGCCCAGCCUAGUUAAACAUAGUUCUCAUUUACUGACCUGAGAGCACAGACUUCAACAGCUCAUGAAGACCGCCGCUAUAUCUUCAGCACAGGCUUUGUAGCUUGCUAUCUUUAAUAUAACUAUUAUAUGAUAAUAUGUAUAUUCUAGUUGUCACCUUUUUGGACAUAAAUUGUGAGAUGCAAUUGUAUCGCAAUUGUUAUGCCCCCACAAACAAAGUUUAGGGGGGUAUAUAGGAGUGAACUUGUCUGUCGGUCAGUCGGUCUGUCUGUCGGUCCAUAAUUAAGUGUCCGCUCUCUAAUUCAAGUAGUUUUCAUCCGAUCUUCACCAAACUUGGUCAGAAGUUGUAUCUAGAUGAUCUUAAGGCCAAGUUUGAACAUGGGCCUUUCCUGGUCAAAAACUAGGUCACGGGGUCACUAAGUGCGUUUUUUAACAUUCAGCAUGGUGUCCUCUCUCUUAUUAGCUCAUCUAUUUUUUGAAAAAAAUUAUGAGCUAUUGUCAUCACCUUGGCGUCGGCGUCCGGUUAAGUUUUGCGUUUAGGUCUUUUUUUCUCAUAAAGUAUCAAUGCUAUUGCAUUCAAACUUGGUACACUUACUUAUUAUCAUGAGGGGACUAGGCAGGCAAAGUUAUAUAGCUCUGGCUUGCAAUUUGACAUAAUUAUGUGCCCUUUUUAUACUUAGAAAAUUGAAAAUUUUGUUAAGUUUUGUGUUUAGGUCCACUUUUUUCCUAAAGUAUCAAAGCUAUUGCAGGCAAAGUUAUGUAACUCUGACUGGCAUUUUGACGGAAUUAUGGGCCCUUUAUACUUGAAAAUUUGGUUAAGUUUUGUGUUUUGGUCCACUGUACCUCUAAAGUAUCAUAGAUAUUGCUUUCAUACUUGGAACACUCGCAAACUAUCAUAAGUGGACAGUAAAGGACAAGUUGCAUAACUCUGGUUGUCAUUUUAACGGAAUUAUGGCCCUUUUUUGACUUAGUAACUUUGAAUAUAUGGUUACAUUUUGUGUUUAGAUCCACUUUACUUCUAAAGUAUCAAGGCUAUUGCUUUUAAACUUCAAAUACUUUCAUGCUAUCAUGAGGGUACUGUACCUGGCAAGUUUAAUUUUACUUUUACCUUUGAAUGACCUUGACUCUCAAGGUCAAAUUAUUAAAUUUUGCUAAAAUUGCCAUAACUUCUUUAUUUAUGAUUAGAUUACCCCCACCCCACCCCACCCAAAAAAAAUCAUGCCCCCGGUAGGGUGGAAUAUAGCAGUUGAACUGUCCGUCAGUCAGUCUGUUCGUCCGUCCGAAAAAAACUUUUACAUUGGCCAUAACUUUUUCAAUAUUGAAGAUAGGAACUUGAUAUUUGGCAUGCAUGUGUAUCGCAUGGAGCUGAACAUUUUGAGUAGUGAAAGGUGGUGAUCAAGGUCAUCCUUCGAGAUCAAAUGUCAAAUAUAUGGCGUCUGUCCGUCCGAAAACUUUAACAUUGGCCAUUUUCAUCCAUUCCUCACCAAACUUGGUCACAAGUUUUAUCUAAAUGAUCUCUAGGACAAGUUUGAACAUGGGCCAUUCCGGGCCUAAAACUAGGUCACAGGGUCACUUAGUGCGUUUUUUAACAUUCAGCAUGGUGUCCGCUCUCUAAUUCAAGUAGUUUACAUCCGAUCUUCACCAAACUUGGUCAGAAGUUUUAUGGAGAUGAUCUUAAGGCCAAGUUAGAACAUGGGCCUUUCUGGGUAAAAAACAAGGUCACUUAGUGCGCUUAAAAAAUUGAGCAUGGUGUCCGCUGUUUUUUGUGAAGACGACAUGCAAAAUAUUAUGUGUCAAUGCCGCAUGUGGGGGUAUUCGUCAUGUCUGUGACAAAGCUCUAGUUUUGACAUGAGAUAAGUGUUAUUUCAUGAACUGAUCUUUGUAUGGUAACAUUUGAUAGCUAUUCCCUCUUGUUUUCACGAUAUUCAAUAGUAUUCUUCUCUACUCAUGUAGGGUAUGCUUUUGUAGAAUGUAGUGUUAGGGUACUUGUUAUAAUAAAGUAUUAAUUAUAAGUGCCUAGAAUGUUUAUAUAAUAUUUUUCAAAUAUAUUGUUUAUUUGUUCUUUAUUAUGUGUCAAUUAAUGAAUGUUUUGUAAGUCUAUUAAAUAUUUGUACAUUUCUAUUCCACCCCAGAUAUAUUUUUGUGCAAGAUUGUUCUGCCUUGUCAUAAACGUUGUCUUACAGGAAAAUGUGGACAUUUUCAAAUUGAUACCAUAUUCAAGUCACACAAUGCAAUUUGUUUAUGCUUAAAGCUGUAUCUAAAGGUUAUGUUUCAUUAUGCCAUUGAUGAUGCUUUAUUAAUUUACAUUACUGUAGUUCUUUAUUAGAUUAUGUUGAUAAUAUAUGGUUAUUUAAAGGUAUUAUUAAUUUUAAAUAAAACUGAUUUUUAGAAGAUGAUGUUUCAAUGUUACAUUUUUAUAUACAUAUGUGGUAAUAGAAAUAAAAGGUAUUAAGUCA